CCAUCUGGUGUAUCCUGCGUAAACACUCCCCUAGUUGUUGUCACAAUGGGCCGGUCCAUCUGGUGUAUCCUGCGUAAACACUCCCCUAGUUGUUGUCACAAUGGGCCAGUCCAUCUGGUGUAUCCUGCAUAAACACGUCUAAGCUGCAAGGUUACAGCAGAAUCCCACUAAACAAUUUAGUCAGACUAGAAACGCGUAUCCGUGAAUGCUGAAGCCAGACACUCAAAUGUUCAAAUUGAAGGUGCUAGAGAAUGUGUUGAAGGUGAUAGAGAAUGUGUUUGAAGAUGAUAGAGAAUGUGUUUGAAGAUGAUAGAGAAUGUGUUGAAGAUGAUAGAGAAUGUGUUGAAGAAGAUAGAGAAUGUGUUGAAGGUGAUAGAGAAUGUGUUGAAGGUGAUAGAGAAUGUGUUGAAGGUGAUAGAGAAUGUGUUGAAGGUGAUAGAGAAUGUGUUGAUAGAGAAUGUGUUGAAGAUGAUAGAGAAUGUGUUGAAGGUGAUAGAGAAUGUGUUGAAGAAGAUAGAGAAUGUGUUGAAGAUGAUAGAGAAUGUGUUGAAGGUGAUAGAGAAUGUGUUGAAGGUGAUAGAGAAUGUGUUGAAGAAGAUAGAGAAUGUGUUGAAGGUGAUAGAGAAUGUGUUGAAGGUGAUAGAGAAUGUGUUGAAGGUGAUAGAGAAUGUGUUGAAGGUGAUAGAGAAUGUGUUGAAGGUGAUAGAGAAUGUGUUGAAGGUGAUAGAGAAUGUGUUGAAGGUGAUAGAGAAUGUGUUGAAGGUGAUAGAGAAUGUGUUGAAGAUGAUAGAGAAUGUGUUGAAGGUGAUAGAGAAUGUGUUGAAGAUGAUAGAGAAUGUGUUUGAAGAUGAUAGAGAAUGUGUUGAAGGCGAUAGAGAAUGUGUUGAAGAGAAUGUGUUGAAGAUGAUAGAGAAUGUGUUGAAGAUGAUAGAGAAUGUGUUGAAGGUGAUAGAGAAUGUGUUGAAGAUGAUAGAGAAUGUGUUGAAGGUGAUAGAGAAUGUGUUGAAGGUGAUAGAGAAUGUGUUGAAGAUGAUAGAGAAUGUGUUGAAGGUGAUAGAGAAUGUGUUGAAGAUGAUAGAGAAUGUGUUGAAGGUGAUAGAGAAUGUGUUGAAGGUGAUAGAGAAUGUGUUGAAGAUGAUAGAGAAUGUGUUGAAGAUGAUAGAGAAUGUGUUGAAGGCGAUAGAGAAUGUGUUGAAGGUGAUAGAGAAUGUGUUGAAGGCGACACCUUCACCUUUGGCCACCUUUUGA